UUUAACCAGGUAAUAUCGCUUCAUUGGUUUCAGUCCUCCGGUAGCGAUUCUCGCGAGCGGAACCGGUCCCCUCUUAAAAGAAACUGUUCAAACAUAAUUUCGUGUCUGGAACAAGUGUAGAUCGGUCGACAAGAAAACAGUGGAUCCUGACUGUGUUCCCCAGAAGUUUGAAGCCCCCAAAUUAUGGUGAUUGGUGAUUGGAGCUGAUUCUAUUGCUGAAUAUUACAUUACACACCAGUUACAACCAUGACGGAAGAUUCGAAACAUGGAGAGGUCGUGCCGACCAAUGGUGAAGCCAAGGACGUGGAAGGAGCCGAUGUCAAGAAACUGAAGUACCCGCGAUCGAUUCCAUUCAUCAUCAGUAAUGAGUUUUGUGAACGGUUCAACUACUAUGGCAUGCGAACAAUUCUGGUACUGUAUCUCACUCGGAAGCUGGAUUAUGACGAUGACACAGCAACGGUCCUGUAUCACUCGUUCACUACGCUGGUUUACUUCAUGUGCGUCAUCGGAGCCAUCAUUUCGGACAGUUGGUUGGGCAAGUUCAAGACGAUCUUGUACCUCUCGAUCGUCUAUGUGUGUGGUAGCACGUUGAUCGCCAUUGGUGCUAUCCCGACCUUGGACUUGGAUGCUCGGGCAAUGACGGUUGUUGGAUUGCUGCUGAUCGCAAUCGGUUCCGGUGGUAUCAAGCCAUGCGUGGCAGCCUUCGGAGGAGAGCAGUUCAAGAUGCCGGAACAGGCGAAGUACCUGGCUCUAUUCUUCUCGAUGUUCUACUUUGCCGUGAACUCCGGAUCAUUCGUGUCAACCAUGAUUACGCCUAUUCUGCGAGAGGACGUCAAGUGUUUCGAUUCCGAUGAUUGUUUCUCGCUCGCUUUUGGAGUACCUGGAAUCCUCAUGAUCACGUCGAUCAUUAUUUUCCUGCUCGGAAAACCACUGUACAAGAUCACUGCUCCGGCUGGCAACAUGUUCAUGAAGGUGUCCAAAUGCAUCUGGACUGCGAUCCGCACCCGCUCCAAGGAGAAGAACGUCAACCCCCGCGAUCACUGGCUCGACUACUCGGAAAAGCGCUGGGGUCAACAGCUGGUUGAUGAAACCAGGAUUCUCCUGAACGUGCUGCGCCUGUACAUCCCUCUGCCGGUCUUCUGGGCUCUGUUUGACCAGCAAGGUUCCCGUUGGACCUUCCAAGCCACCCGUAUGGAUGGGGAUCUUGGAUUCUGGACCAUCAAACCCGAUCAAAUGCAGGUCAUCAACCCGCUUCUGAUUCUGAUCUUCAUCCCCCUGUACGAAGUGGCAUUCUAUCCUCUGCUGUCACUUAUUGGAAUCCGUCGUCCUCUGCAGAAGCUCACUCUGGGCGGUAUCUUCGCCGGAGUUGCUUUCGUGAUCUCCACGAUCGUGGAAAUUCAACUCGAGGGCACCUACGCAGUGAUGCCACAAGGAGGUGAAUCACAGCUGCGAAUCUUCAACGGAAUGGCUUGCGAAUACAACUUACGAACGGACGUCCCGAACCACGAGAACUUUGUCCUCAAAUCGAUGGAGAUGUUUGAGGAAAAGUAUAUUGCCGUCAAUGGAAAUAAAUCCUUUACUUCCACCUUCACCUCGAAUACGCCUGGCUGCGCUGACUUCACCGAUACUUUCGAAUUGGAAGAAUACAAACAGAUCUCCUACCUGGUCAACAACCGCGAUGGCCAACCGAAUCUUUUACGUUACGAAGAUAACACUGACAAGUCAUCCAAGGGCUAUCCAAUGUUCCGAGUACUCGGAAACACCGCUCAAGAUCGACCAUUUGCUUUCAAAGACCUGGACGCAUCACCGGUAUUCGAUCGACACAGCAACACCACCUAUUUCCAUGACAUCGUCGAAUCCUAUCCAUCUCGGUAUGAGAUCAGCGUAGACGGCAAGACUUUGAUGGAGUAUUCCAUGAGGCUCGGAGGUGUAUACGCCUUCAUCAUCUCAGAAAGCGGUAAUGACAUCAAAGCUGAAGUGAUCGUCGUGACGGAACCGAACUCGAUCAACAUGCUAUGGCUGGUGCCCCAGUACGUGGUGAUGACCCUCGGCGAGGUCAUGUACUCCAUCACCGGGCUGGAAUUCUCGUUCACCCAAGCUCCGGAAAGUAUGAAAUCGGUCCUCCAAGGCUGCUGGCAGCUGACGGUGGCCGUCGGAAACCUGAUCGUAGUCAUCGUAGCCGAAGCUAAGAUCUUCGAGGCACAGAAAUGGGAGUUUGUGCUGUUCGCAUGCCUGAUGUUUGCCGAUAUGGCGAUAUUUGCCGUCCUGGCGUACUACUACAAACCCAUCCCGAUCAAGAGCUACGACGAAGAUGACGCAAACACAACGCUUCCUGUCGAAGACCGCAAGGAGGAUCGGGGCCUGGAGAAUCCCACAUUCACCAAGGGUGAAUAAUUCGGAUGCUCUCGCCAGUGAGAUUAAGUUUAGACUGUUGUACAGUCGCAGUUAUAUGUUAAGCCUUAUUAGCGAAAUAAAUUCCAAUUGUUGUAGAAUAAUAUAAAAUAACAA